CUUAUUGCUCUUCCAGUCUUUCUUCUGUGCUUCAAUUACGUACUCAAGAAGAGGAAGGGAACCCAAGAGAGAAUCUUUUUCUCUUUCUCUCCCUCCGAGGGCUAUAUCUCACGUGCAAAUUUCUGCAGCUCUUUUGGUUCUUUAUUUCCCCUUGAAAAGCUGUCCACCUUUUCCCCUUCUACUUCUUCUUCUUCUUCUUCUUCUUCUCUCAGCUUAGUCUUAGCUAAGCCUUGUUGGUUCUCUUCUUCGUCGCUGUAGGUAGCUAAUUUUGUAAGGUUGCUGCUUGUUGGGCGCAGUAGUUGGUUUUUGUUCAUAUAUGCUCUCUUGUUUGACUACUGUUUUCCCUGUCUCUCUGCCUCCAUUAUCGUGACGCAAGCAAACCCCACCUUUUCUUUCCCUGUCUUAUUGCCCGAAAGGUGUUCGAUCUUUUGCCUCUAAGAAAGUAAGAACCAAAACCUCUCUCCGAUCCCCAUGGCGCUGGAAGCGGCGAUCUUCUCGCAAGACCCCUUUGGUUACCCACCAUUAUUCAACGACUACUAUGACAUCGACGACAAAAUAAUGUUCAACGAUUCCAUCACCACCACUACUCCCGCGCCUACGCAGCAGCAGCAGCCGAUUCAUGGAACCAGCAGCAGCUGCUGGGAUUGUUGUUGUUAUUACAAUUACAAUAAUAAUCACCACCACUCUUCCUCCUCCCCCGAGCCUUGCAGAGUUUCACUACUACCGCCGUCAGCCGGCGAUUAUUUCUACCCGCCACCACCGGAAGAUGUGGCGGCGUCCACGCCCAUUGCACCGGCACGGCGGAAGCGGCGGCGGACAAAGAACACGAAGAACGAAGAGGAGAUAGAGAGCCAGAGGAUGACUCACAUCGCGGUGGAGCGCAACCGGAGGAAACAGAUGAACGAAUACCUCGCCUUGCUUCGCUCUCUCAUGCCCUCUUCCUACGUUCAAAGGGGAGACCAAGCUUCGAUAAUUGGAGGAGCAAUUAAUUAUGUGAAGGAGCUGGAGCAGCUGCUGCAGGCCAUGGAAGCUCAGAAAACGUCACAUCAUCAACAACAUGCUCAAAACGACGACGAUCAGGCAGGGUUGACUGACAACGGCCGUUCGCCGUCGCCGUUAUUUUCCGAGUUCUUCGCCUUUCCACAGUACUCAACUCGGAACCGGACCGUGCAGGCUCAGUCGUCGCCGGUAGCUUCUGGCGACGGGAUGGCCGGCAGUUUGGGUGGUGUAGUAGCGAGGGAGGCGGCGGUUGGAGAGAUUGAAGUGACGAUGGUGGAGUGUCACGCUAACGUGAAGAUUCUGGUCAGGAAACAACACAGACAGCUGGUGAAGCUGGUUGCUGGGCUGCAGGGACUCGGGUUCACCAUUCUUCACCUCAAUGUUACCACGACGGCGGCCUCAGAUCAAAUGGUUCUUUACACCGUUAGCUUCAAGGUGGAGGAAGGGUGUUUUUUGAACACGGUGGAUGAGAUCGCAGCUGCCGUCAACCAAAUGCUACGGCGGAUUAUUGAAGAAGGAAGUUGCUAUCAAGAAUGCUAUAGCUAGGUAGCUGCUUAUAAUUAUUUUGAUUUUGGUCGUGGUGAAUUUACUUUGCGUUGUUUUCUUAGCAAUAGUAAUACCUCUAUUAUUAUUAUUACGUGGACAUUGUUGGGAAUCUGUUAACAAAGUUAAUAGUGAAGGGUAUUUUCUUUUUAUGGUUAAAUAGUGAAGGUUUUAGGUUUGUCUAUUAGCUAAAAAAAUUCACGGUAUACUAUAAACGCAUUUUUAUUUA